AUGAACCAAGAUCGCUCCCAAGAGGAGUCCAAACCCCCUUUCGCCCAACUCGGCGAAUUUUCAAAGCUACCACCAGAGCUACGCUUCCAAAUCUGGAACUGUCUCUUCGACAAUUUCUUCCAGAACAUGGACCUCGCACCCCGUGCUCUAUCCAUCCUUUCCUGCAAUCGAAGCCUCAACGAGGAGACGUCUCGUGUAUUAUACGAACAUCGUGUCCUCACUCUUACUGUCGCGGUUCGUUGCUCGUAUGAAGGAACACUGGAAUUCAACGCUAUCGUAAAGGCGGCAAAGGGUACGAGAAAACUAAAAGGGGUCAAAUACAAGGAGUUUAACCGCCUUGAUUAUGUCCUUCGACUUAUCCAAGAAUUCCCAAGCUGGAGAUUCCAAAAAUGUGGGCCAUGGAUUCACGUCGACCACUUUUUUUGGUUGCCGCCCAGCCAAGAGUUGGAGCUGUGGGAGUGUGUCCACCGGAUCGUCGACAUUGUGAAACUAAUACCAAACGGCAAAAACAUCACAUUCAAUACUUUCCAUCCCACUGCUCUGCCGAAAAAGCAGCCACUAAAACUAACGCAGAGCGGUGUGAUUAAGGACUGGUUUAAUGAAAGAUUCCCGGGGCAGCCUUUACCGUUCCGGACCUGCUACCGUCCAGACAUUCAUGAUCACGAUUAUUCCCCCGGUCCAUGCCUAGUCAUUCCGACCUACCACUAUUCGGUAUUGCAGGCCAUACAUUCUGUCGAGCUAAAGCAACAUGAACGAAAUAUGCUGGAGGCUGAGCGAUGA